AGAAUCAUCAGCGACUCUGCGGAAUCUGUGAAGGAGUCCACUAGGGAGAAUACCAGUGCCCGUUUCUUUCAGUUGGACGUCGUGAAUCAUGCGGAAGCUAGUAAGUUUGUUGUGUGGCGCCCUCACCAUUGCUUGUUUGCUGCCGGUUUUCGUAUCCGCUCUGCCGCGCAGUGUUAGACCGAUGCUAGGAUGGCAGCAGCCGUCUUCCUUGCCUCAGAAGGGCGUCGCGUCCUCGCCAUGGAACCCAGCACCUGCCCCUAGCCGGCCACAGGUAGCCAAGGGCGAAAGCGAACGACGACCGGAUAUCACCUCGAUAAAGGUUAUCUGCCACCCAGACUACAUGGAGAUCCAGAUGGACGCUGAUCUACUGGGCAUCGGUGUCCCAGCUGAUGUGGAGGACAUCCGGCUGGGCAAGAGUGACCAGGAGGCGUGCAGGGCCAUUCCUUCGGAGUCGGGGAAGUUCGUCAUCGCUGCCGCGCUGACUGACUGUGGUACGGAGCAUGUGAUCACUGCUGAACAGUUGCUCUACAAAAACACCCUGGACUACUCGCCUCCCCUCCUCCUCGGCGGCGUGAUCCGAACUCAACCGGCAUCCUUUCCCAUUGAGUGCUACUACAAAAGGAAGUUUAACCUGAGCAGCAUCCCUGUGAUGCCCACCUGGGUGCCCUUCCUGUCCACGCGCGCUGACGAGGGCCAGCUGGCCUUCUCCCUCCACCUCAUGACCGAUGACUGGGCGUUCCGAAGGGCCUCUGCCACAUACUACCUGAGUGAUGUCAUCAACAUCGAGGCCUCGGUCGAGCAGUUCAACCAUAACCCCAUGCGGGUGUUUGUUGACCACUGUGUUGCCACGGUGACCCCUGCGGCUGAUUCUGUGCCCCGAUAUGACUUCGUUGAGCAGGGGUGCAUGAUGGACAGCUUCCUGACGGGGUCCAGCUCCCAGUUCCUUCCACGUCUUCAGAACGACAAGCUCCGGUUCCAACUCGAUGCCUUCCGGUUCCACCAGGAGGAACGCAGUGAGCUGUACAUCUCGUGUUUGCUGAGGGCAGAGACUGGAGCGGAGAUGGACGGUGUGUGCCGCGCUUGCUCCUUCGUGGACAACAGGUGGCAGUCUGCUGACAGUGAGGACUGGCUCUGUGACGGCUGUGUGGCAAUGCCUGGCUCUGCAUCCAAUCAGAAGACCUCCGCGCCAGCACCCCAGAGUUCUGCUGGUAGCCGUGGCAGCAGCAGCAGCAGCAGCGCCAUGGUCCAUCUCAGGCCCAGGUCUGCGUCCAAUCAGGACUCCACCAGAGGUUGGGAGAAAGAGGAGCGUGUGGGUCCAAUCUCUGUGAUGAAAAAGACCAAACGACCACUGGCACAACCAGAAGCACCUGAAGCAAUGCAGGGCCUCCCACAGCCCAUGCCAGAAAUGAAAAUGGCCGCCUCUGCCAAACCGGGACCAAGAGGUUAUUCUCCCAGCAGUGAUGGUCUCCCCAGAGAGCUUGACAAGCCAGUUACCCAAAGCCCAGAUGACGGAAAUGUCAACCAGUUCUUUGACCUGUGGAAAAAGCAUGCGUCCUCUAAAGACUGGGCUGAAUUGAUGGGGAUUUUGCAGAAGGCAUCUUCGCCUGCCGUGACCACCGCAGAGCCCUCCACAGCGGCCCCAGUGACCGGUGAGGAGCCAGUGGCCUUGGAGGAGGAACCAUCUGCUGCUCCCACUCCUCUGCCACUCAGCCGAGGGUUCAAAAUGGCUGACCUGAAGCUUGACGAAGCUCCACUCAAAGAGGAUGUGGCGACGUCGGGCAAUAAAGACAAAGAUUCCGUCAGGAGAUGACACUAGUUUUCCAAUCUUGCAAGCUUCCAUGGUUUGAGAAAUAAAUGUUCCAAACUGA